AUAAAAAAAUUUUAUUCAAAGUGAAUUUCGCGAUUUCAAGUUUGUUGUGUGUUAACAAUAUCAAACCAAUCUUUUGUUUUAAAUAUUUUUUUUUUCGUUUCGUGUGGUUUUUUAACAAGUAUAUUUUAUAUAUUGUUUAAUCGGCACGUCAUCUUUUGUGGAAUUAUCUAUUUAUCUGUCGAUUUGACCAUUUUUUUUUGUAUAUGGGAUUAUUGCUGAAAUAUUUAUGAUCGAAUUUGAUUUACAAAAAAAAAGAACAACGAAUAAGAAGGAGAUAAAAAAGAUAAUAUCAAGAAAUAUAACGAUCCCUAUAAAUACUCUUCACAAUGACACAAAUAACUGGAAUAAUUUUGACAUUAUGGUCAAUAUACUCAACGUGCAUUGCAAUGCCAGAUAUCCACAAACAAAUGUCACCUCAACAACUGCAAUCAAUCUUUCACGUAGAGGAUAUAGACUCAGUGCCAAAUUAUGAGCUUGUACAGCUUGAACAUCUCGGAACAGAACAUAGUGGUGAAUUAUUACGCCGCCGAAGGAGCGUUGACAAUAAUAUGUUUGGUGCCACAAAUGCAAAAGAAACUCACCACGUUAAAAAGGACCUUAGCAAAAGUCCAUAUUAUAGUGAGUUAAAACUCCAAGCCCAAUCGGACGGGGCUAGCGCGAAUAGCAUUAGUGAUCACAGUUAUAGUGAGAAAUUAAAAAAUCUAGAUUUAAGUGGAAUUAAGGAGCACAACGUGUCCCUAAGUGCAUUCGGUGAAGUGUUAAAUCUAACGUUGCGACCAACCGAUGGUCUCUUCAAAAACGGUCCCGACUCGUUGCGUAUGUUUACGAUACGAAGCGAACAAAAUGCCACACAUGGUCUUGCCCUGGAGGAGGUUCAAAAUGAGGACAAGUCAACGGAGGAAGUCGGACAAGUGUUUCAGGACGAAGAGAAUAUGGCGGCAAUCUUAAUGCGGCGUCACUUGCAAAGUGGUGAUCUUGUUAUGGAGGGAAGUAUAGGACAUGAAAUGGUCAUAAAACCACUGCCAGAUGAACUUAAUAAAGACCUAGAUAAACCUCAUCAUGUGAUAUUUAAGAGAGAUACUCAACCAUUGGAACAUAUGAGUGAUUUUGCAUUCAUGGAACCCGAUGACAUUGAAACCAGUGAUAAACUUAAAACAUCAUCAGCAUCCGCAUCCCAAUCGAGUAGAAGAACAAAGCGAUUUGCCGGCAGAUUCCGUAGAACCCAAGAAUAUUCGAGCCGAACAAAACGUGAAGCACCUUAUAUGAUCUAUCCGGAGAUUUUAGUUAUUGUCGACUACGAUGGAUACAGACUGCAUGGCGGUGAUAAUUUACAGGUGAAGCGUUACUUUAUCUCGUUUUGGAAUGGAGUGGAUCUGCGAUAUCGUUUACUCAAAGGACCAAGAAUUCGCAUAAGCAUAGCUGGUAUCAUCAUUUCUAGGGGAAGAGAUGCAACUCCAUAUCUGGAAAGGAAUCGUGUCGGCAGAGAUGCCAUCGACUCAGCAGCCGCUCUAACCGAUAUGGGUAAAUAUCUGUUCCGGGAACGUAGAUUGCCGGUAUACGACAUUGCAGUGGCGAUAACAAAACUUGAUAUGUGCAGACGAGCAGCUCCAUAUUCGGAAUGUAAACGUGGUACAGCAGGAUUUGCAUAUGUUGGAGGAGCGUGCGUGGUCAACAAACGUCUGGAAAAAGUCAACAGUGUCGCUAUCAUUGAGGAUACCGGUGGUUUCAGUGGAAUCAUAGUUGCCGCUCAUGAAGUUGGACAUUUAUUGGGAGCAGUGCAUGAUGGUUCACCGCCACCAAGUUAUCUUGGCGGGCCAGGAGCAGAAAGAUGCCGUUGGGAAGAUGGUUAUAUCAUGUCUGAUUUAAGGCACACCGAAAGGGGAUUCAGAUGGUCUCCGUGUACAGUACAAAGUUUUCAUCAUUUCUUGAAUGGUGAUACAGCUAGCUGCUUGCAUAAUGCACCUCAUGAAGAUAGCGCACUUGGUCGAUCACUUCCGGGGACUUUACUGUCACUGGACGCACAAUGCCGAAGAGAUCGUGGCACAUACGCGUGCUUCAAGGACGAACGAGUUUGUGCGCAACUUUUCUGUUUUGAUGCACAAACAGGGUAUUGUGUGGCGUAUCGACCGGCAGCGGAAGGUUCGUCGUGCGGUAAUGGAGUUCACUGUCUGGAUGGCAGAUGUACGCCGCUACCUGCGAAUGUAAUACAGGAUUAUAGUAAUCAAUAUCGUGCUGUUUAUAAUUCAACAACAAUGGCAACACCAUCACCAACACCACCACCACAACCAACACAACUUGAAAAUGGAUCAACGGAUUUUACAUCGCCAGCAGAGAUCGAUAGCAAUGAAACACUUGACGAACAACAAAAUCCUCACAUUACAACCACACAAAGAAGUUACAUCCUAGGUGGACGUUCAACAACUCGAAGUUCUCUAUUUGAUACAUAUUUUAGAAAACGUACUAAUGGUAGUGGAAAUAGUAAUAAAUACUUGAGUCAACUACAACCAAAGGCAUCGCCACCGGCUUAUACAACAAACUAUCUCGGCGAUAAUACAAAUAAUUUACCAAUAAAUAUUCCUAGAGAAAGGAGUAGUAGAAGUGGUAGAUCAGCUGAAGCAAUCGGAGUUGCCAAUGUCAUGUGAAAUUAUGUAUCAUGUAUCUCAUAGAUACAGGGAACUUAAAAAAAAAAAAAAACAAUACAAUGCAUCAGUCAUUAUUUUUCUUUCUAAAUGAAAAUUCUCUAUUAAAUCAAACGAAAUACGAAACUCUUAUGAAACUUAAAAAACACCGGAGUAUGUGUGAAUCUAGCAACUUAACUGAAUAGAAUGAAGAGAUGACACUGGUUAAAUUGAAUUUGAUUAUUUUUGGUAUUCUUGGGACUCUAUCACAACUGCUGCAGCACCAGGACCUCCAAAAAAAAAUUACAAAAGGACUUCAACAAGGUGAAAGCAACACAAUUGCCAUUUUAACGAAACAAAAAUAUCACAGAUAAAAUUAUAUAACAUUGAUAGCUAGAAUUUAUUAUUUGAAUAACUAUUUUAUUUUUAGUUAUUUCUCUUAUAAUUUUGUAAUUAUUAUUAUAUUAUUAUUCAUCAUAGGAUUUCUUUUUUUUUGUUUUAAGAAAAAAUGACAACAAGAUUUUUUUUAUAAAUUGAACUUGUUUUUCAUCUCAUAUUGACAUCAAAUAUCACACUUAAAUAGUUAAUUUUGACUGCAAAAAAAUAUAUAAAAAUAAAAAAAAAAAACAAUGCGACAAAUAUUUGCCUUAUAACUUUGAUCGCUAAUUAUAAGUUUAAAUGAAAAAAAAAUAUUUGUAUAGAAUAAAAUGAACAUUUUUGCUGUAUAGAGAAAGAAAAAUUGUAUAUGUGAUAGUAUUAAUUUUAUUUAAUCCUAAAUAAUAGUUUUUUACUUGUAAAUUUUUUUUUUUUAUAAUUUUUAAGUUUACAUUCAGAUCAAAAAUUAAAAAUAAAAUAAAUGAGCACAAAACUUUUGGUUGAUAAAAUAAAAACAAAAUGUUCAUAGUAUUACAUUUGGAACAUUCAUUCACAUGAGAUAAAAACGCAAAAAGACACAUUCAAAUAAAAAAAAGAAAAGAAAUUAAAAAAAAAAACAUAAACUCAAAACAUAUUUUUUGUAAAAAUUAAUUUAACUUAAAACAAACUAAAAACCCCCACAAUUUAAUUUAAUUUAAUUUAACUUUAAAAAAAAAAACUUAGAUUUAGGAAUAGAUUAUUAGAAAUAGAUCAUAUAAGUGGUAUAUAGAAGAAAAUAAAACUGAAAGUUUAAUUAAUUAUAAGUAUUCUUUUUGUUUAAAACAAAAAUUUAAACUAGAAAAAAAAUGCAUUGAUGUACAUCACGAGUAUAUACAUUGUUUUAAGAUGACAUUGUAAAAAGGUGAACUCAAACUCAUUAAACUGCCGUCCAUUUUAGUAAAAAAAUAAAU